CGGACCGACGAACUCGCGCUGCAGCAGCUUUUGCACUUGUGCGACUGUCGAGUGCGGUGGCAAUUUUAUUAUUAUCCGCGGCGUGUUUUCUUGUGUUUUUGUCCGUGUCUGCCUUCGAGAGAGACUCGGACCGACCGGCGACGCCGCCGUCAACCCUGAAGAAGGCCUCCGCACCGUCCGACCCGACGUGCACCGAGAGGCCGUUGUUGUGUCAGGUGCUGCACAAACAAACGUCGAACAAAUGCAGGUGAUGGGCAGGAUGCAGGCUGCUUAGCGGACCGUGAACUCGUUCGACGCCACUCGAUCGUCGCCGCCACCCGGAAAAUUCCCAUCAACGACCAAACCAUGGCUGCCGAUGUGAACAACAUUGCCAUGCUUCUGCAACCACUGGUCGGCGCCAAGGACGAAGACCUCGUCUGGUGCUCCGACGCCCACUUUGAGACGAAGAUCCACAGCCUCGAAUCGAAUACUUUGUUGAAUUUGGUGCAGCAGAUUCAGGAGGCGAUGGCCAAAGAGCAAGUCUUGUUUGACUCAAUCGACCAGCAACUGGCAAAGGCCAACAAGGACUCGGCCAAUUACAAGACCCUGAGCAAUGCCCUCUGCACCAGCCAGGCCCGCCUUGCCAGGUUGUGCGCCAGGAACAUGCGCUGCUUCAUGCAGGUGAUGAAUUCGCAGAAGUGCAAGGAAGCGACGGCGGCUGCUCAGGUCGCAGCGCCGGCAGGCGUCGAGUCUGGCAAGCAGCAGCAGGUGGCGAAGCAGGUGGUGGGGGGUCUUGUGGCUUCCUCGGUGGACGGACUGAUCAGCUCAGUAAAGCGGCUGCAGACCAACCACACGGCCAUGGUGAAGAGCGCCUUCAAGCAGGCGAGCCGGCCCUCCUCGCUCAGCAACUCGUCCUGCAGCGGCGAUGACAGCGACUCACCCCUGUACGAAAACGUCGACCUGCCGCCGCCGCCUCCCCUGACCCAGGUCAAGGAGGCGGACAAGGAGGAGGCCGCCUAUGAACACAUCUACGACCAGCCCAAAAUCAACCCCAAACUGCAGGACGAAAGCAUCUACGAGAACGUGGACUUUGAGAAAGCCAGCAGCUCCAGUGGGGACGACGAGGCCCUUUACGAAAAUGUCAACGUGACCUCUGCAGGUCACACCGAGGAGGUCACCUACGACUUUCCGGGAAAUUUGAGACCCAUUUACGCCUUUCCCAAUUUGCUCGCCAAAAAGUCCAAAGUGGCUGCGGCUCCGGAGCAAACAGAGGUCAAAAAGGAUGUGGACCAGGACUCUCUCGAGGAUCUUGAUGAACCUGACAUUCCUUCACCAGACUACGGCAGCGAUGACGAGUUCCACAGCGGCGACUUUGACUUGCAGGGGUUUUCCGACCUCACCCCUGCCGCUGUCACCAGCAACUACUACCACGAGGAUCAGGGACUAGCCGUGAUCCUCGAGGAGUCCGAAGAAGAGGAGGAGGAGGAGGACUACUUGAGCACCUUGAGCACCGCUUCGGCCGGAUCCGUGAGCCGCGCCAGCACACCUCAUGAAGAGUCCAAGCUGGAAGUUGACGAGGACGUGCCUGAUGGCUGGUUGCCUUCGCCAGAAGACUUGUCCCCUGCUGUGGCAGAGGAACCCGCCGAGAAACAAAUCGCAGUCGUCGACGUUGCGCCAGAGAGGACAGAGGAGGCGGCGGAAACGGCGCCUCCUCCAGUCGCCCAAGUGGCACCCACGCAGAUUUGCCAUCCAAUAAUAAAAGAGACUGAAGAAAAACCACCUCCGAAGAUCGAAACAAGCGCCAAAGUCGAGCCCGAGUUUCAGCUGCCCUCGGUCAAGAACCUGCGGAGCCACUUUGAAAACAAACCGGCAGUGCAGCAGGUCCCUCUCCCCAGACACAAACCCAUCAUCAGACCCAUUUUGCAGAGGGUCGUCCCUGUCAAUAGCAAUAACAACAAUUUGGAGCCGGUGGAGAGAAUUGUGGCUGCCAAAGAAGAGGAACGGCCGCCGGAAAAAAUUCCUGAAGUGCCGAAAGUGAAGCAGCUGAUUGCCAAGGCUGUUUCUUUUGACGAGGAGCAGGAAAAGAGCAACGGCUGUGUGGUCACAUUAACAGCGGAGACGAAUAUUAGGCCGGUGGAAGAAGAGGAAGAGGAGGACGAGUACGUCGAGCCCAUCAUGAAGCAGUUUUCCGAGGAGUACGAGGAGGAGGAGAUUCUCAAACCAAGACCUACAACCAGGUCGUGGGACCCGGCUUGUGUGCUGAAAGAGCUGUACACAGUAGCGGAGCCGUUGAAGCAUUGCCCUGGUGGGACACCAUCCUGUGUCACCAUCGAAGGCUACCUGGACAAGCUGCCCUCCGGCAAGAAAAAGUCCACUUUUUGGAACGCAUGGAAGAGGCGCUACUUCAGGGCCAAAGACGGGUUUCUAUACUGCUACCAGAAUAACCAAUCGGAGAAAGCGAGCAUUUCCCUUCAACUCAUGGGCGGAAAAGUGGAAAGUCUAGAGACUAACUCCGCUGAGGAUGAGCAACAUCCGAUGGUGUCCAAAAUGCUUGGGAUUGAUGAUGGGAAAGGACAUUAUGUAGUUGUGAGGUGCGCAAACAAGCAGGAGAAGGAGAGGUGGCGACUGGCACUUAGCACACACACGACUGAGAACUUCAACUCAACCUAUGUGAACCCUUGGCCCAUCCCGAGAGACCCUGCCCUUUUGAAGAGCACCAUCAUUAUAGAUUUGGGCAGCAGCUCAACCAGGGCCGGCGUCUUAUGCACUCAGGCUACCCUUCCUCAAAUUUUCUUCCCUACUGUGAUGGCUGUGGACAAAGUUACGAAGGCAAAGAUCUUCGGAGCAGACGCCCUGAAACCAGAAGUCAGAGCCACCAGCAGCCUGCAAUUUCCUGUCAAGCCCUCUGCCAAAAUCACAAAAUACUCUGUUGAUGUAAACGCAAUACCAGGACUGUUCCAGAAGGUCUUCAAUGACCUGAACGUGGACCAGCGGAUGUAUGACGUCGUCCUCAGUGUCCCCCGCAGCUUCAACAAAAGAACGCAGACCGAGAUCGUCAACAUUUUAUUUGACCAGUUUGGAGUCAACGCCGUCAACAUGACCCACCAGUCUGUGCUGGCCCUCUACUCUUACAACGCCACCAGUGGGGUGGUUGUGGACAUUGGAGAACGGAUGGACAUUGUCCCCAUCAAUGAAGGCUAUAUUGUGGAAAAUGGUGUUUCUCGGAUUCCCUACGGCGGAUCACAAAUUGUAGACCACCUGCGCCACUUCUUGCUACAGAAGCAGUACUCUUUGGUCACAGAGGUGGAGGCCUUCCUGAUUCGUUUUGUGCUCGAGAACCUCUGCUACAGCGCCCAACACUACAACACAGAGUUGCAAAAGUACCACGAAGACGCCUCCUCAGUCGAGCAGGCCCUCAGCAUUAAACAAUUCUUCGAUGAAGCCAAUGUCCACUGGGAGAGCAUAAGUCUGGACUCGGGAAGGUUCCAGUCCACCGAGGGUCUUUUUAACCCCGAUGCAUGGGGUCUGGACAACCUCGGCGUCCACAAACUUGUCCACAAAGCAAUUCGAGAGUGCAGCAUGGAUGUGAGGAAGGAGAUGACGAGGAGUAUCUUUUUGUCCGGUGGUGUGACCAUGCUGCCUGGAUUUGCCGAGCGGCUGCACGCUGAAGUAGACAAGGUCACGCCGAAGUCGCUGCAACCCAAAGUGCACUCGUCGCCCUACAGGUAUCAUGCAUCCUACAUAGGAGCAUGCGUUCUGGCAAACUCGCCAGGCGUCGACCAAGUAAAAAUAACCAAGGGCGAGUGGCAGUCAGCCGGUGCCAAGGCCCUCACCAAGUGGAACUUGUGAAUUUAUCAGUGGACUCAAAAUCAAUCCAAAUAAAUUGCUGUGCAUUUAAAUUACUUCCAAUAUUUAAAGCAAUAUAAUAAAAUAUUUUAGUACUUAAAUCUUAUUGUUGAUAGGGAUAAGUUGUGUUUUGCCGCCUUAAUGUAACUUAUAGUAGUCUUUCCUGUUGUAAAAUCAUCUCAUUGUCUAAUGUAUCUUUUUGAGAACGCUGGCGGUAUGAAAUAAAUAUUUC